AUGCAAUUCCUAUACUUGACCGCGGGUCUGGCCGCGAUGGUUCUGUCGGUGGCAGCAGCACCUGUGGCUCCUCAGGCAUAUAGCCGUCCAACCAAUUUGAUCGCUGCGGAAUCGGCUGCACAGGCCUAUGGCAAUGAGAAGGCUCUCCGAGUCCCCGCCGCGAGAGAUGCGGGUGCAAAAGCUGCCCAAGCAUACGGCAAUGAGAAGGCUCUCCGAAUCGUUGAUCAGAGAGACGCUGGUGCUGAAGCCGCACAAGCAUACGGCAACGAGAAGGCUCUUCGGAUCGUCGAUCAAAGAGAUGCUGGUGCCGAAGCCGAAGCUGCACAAGCUUACGGCAACGAGAAGGCGCUUCGCAUCGUCGAUGAUGCUUAA